UGUACUGCCGAAUAUUGCAGCCCUGGGUGCAAACGCUUGAUCUGGCAACUCUAUAAAAAUGUCGCCCACAGUUGUGAAAAAAUGAAGAUAAAUUCCGAAAAUGGUUGUUAAUUUAUUAAACAAAAGAACAGGAGGAUGACUACAAGGUGCACCUGCCGCUCCUGGUGGCAAGGAAAAAGAAGACUCCUGGUGGCUCCCGCAAGCAGAACUUUGACCAUCUGGAGGUGAGCUUCACCAGAAGCAACCGGGGUAACAACUUGCUGACCAUCGACGGCAAACCCUUCACCCUCAAUCGCCGGAUCAAGGAUGUCUGCUACUGGGAGUGCGUCAAGCUGCGCUGCAAGUACAUUAAGUGCUCCGCCCGCGUGGUGACCAAGUCCAAUCGGAUCUCGGCACUGCGCGGGCUCCACAACCAUCCCUAAGUUACGAACAACUACCUGUGCCAUCUCAUUAGUCUAAUAAAUGUGUUUACGUUGAACAAGUUUAUAUCUUCCGCUCCUCCUAUCGUUGUUGUUUUGGUAGUGUCCUUGCGAAAUUCAGGAGGCCUUCUGACUAAUUUCUUCCAAUUCUUGCAGAAUGCUACCAACUGGUGGCCAAUCGACGCGGUGGGAAGAACCUCAUCUUCCAGGGGCACAUGUACUCCGUGGAACGCAAGUACCGAAAUAGCAUCAACUGGGUGUGUUCCAAGAACAGCAACAGCGUGCUCCGCUGCCCGGCGAGGUGUGUCACAAAUCGGGAAAGUAGCAACGACAUCAAGCUAAGUCACCGACGACACAAUCACCCGGCGGAUACCUUUAAGCCACAUUCGCGCUGUCAAAAGCGUCACGGGAAGCGCAAUAGCAAGUAACCAUGUUCGACUUUUAGCAAAGCAUGCAGCUCCGAACCAGGAUUUUCCAAUUAUUUUCGGCACCGUAGUGUUUGCCGACAGAACGGUUUUACGAUAAUCGAUGGCUUCCGCUUCGUGAUCGGCACUACAAAUCUGCGUCGCACCUAUUUGAAGUGCGCCAACUUUCGCAGCAACUGCCGGGCCCGCGCCAUCGUAAAUAGGGACACGAAUAAAGUGCGGAUGAGGAAUGAGGGCCACAAUCACAGCCGUAAGGAUGCGGUGAGCGGACGUAGCUCUAAGAAGUAGCAGACAGCUCGAAGCUAGCCCAGUAUGUGCGCUCCAACCGUGGAACCGAUCUUGUUUACCACGAAGGAAACACCUACACACCCAAUGAAAAGCUGAGGGAGGGACAAAAAAGUCGGGACUGGAAGUGCUCAAUGUACCACAAGGCCAAGUGCCGCGCCCGCCUGGUAACUCGCAUCACCGGUGGAGGGGAUAUUAUUCACGUGACCAGCAACCUGCAUACACACCCCACAAUGUACACCACGCAGAAAAUUGAUACUCGCGUGGAUGACCAGAAACUGUGCCUCGAGAGGAAUCCACUCUGCGUUAACACACGAUCGAUUAAGAUGUAGAGCAAUACAUCUAUCGACAUUGCAUCAUCUCCCAGUGGAGGCCAUAUUUGAUGCGGACGGUAAGCAGAUGGACUUCAUCCCCAACAUUCGAGUCAUUCGAAGUCAACGGAAGACCAUAAAGCUGAUGUUUAAAAAGUAUGCCUACUCAAAGACCAACAAUCACGAAGCCACGACUUACUGGCACUGUCGCAGUCGUCGCAAUGGAAAUCCUGCUUGCAAAGCUCGGUUUUCAACAAAGAAGCUCAAGAACGGGCGUUACAAAGUUUAUCUGACCCAGCCGGAGCACAAUCAUCCUCCAAAGAAGCGUCGCCUAUAAUCAGAAUAAUUAUAUUUUAAGAUGAGAGAAAUAUACAAGAGCCAUGACUUGGCAAAAUGACUUGCACUGACUCUGAAUCUGUAUUUAUAGCGAUAGCCUAGCAGUUGACAAUUUACUAAUCCCAAUAUGUACCCUCUCCAUCCACAGAAAGCAGCGUGGCGAUUUACUCGGCCACUUCCCGUGGACGAAUGCAACUGAUCUACGGUGGACAGCCAUUUAUCUUCGAGAAGACACUGAAACUUUCUUCGGGAGAGGAGAAGCGCUUCUGGCGCUGCAACCAGUGGUGGAACCAAAAGUGUCGCUCCCGUGUCUUCACCAUCAACGAUGUUGUCUGUCCGCUUAACCGAUUCCACACGCACGAAGAGAUUGUGCGCCGAAAGAAGCGAGUGCGCCGCGUGCCACCGGUGGAGACGAUUGCCAAGGUGGUUGCCACAACUCCCAGGCAACCACAGCCGCAACAGCCAACCCAGCAGCAACAAGAGAUUCAGCUGACCAGCGAUGCGAUUGCGGGAGCAAUACUGGAAGACGAAUCCCCAGCCACAAUCGAUGUCAGCGAGCUGGGGAUGCACCUAAAAUACGAAGAAAUUGUAGCGGAUGUCACGGGCAUUGGGGGAGCCACGCGAGUGGUCAGCCGCCGGAAGUGAAGUUGGUUUUUUUUUCUGAAGAAAAAUCGCAGUCAGAUUGCUUCUAUAUCUUUGCUUUGAGUUUCCAUUUUUGAACUUGCCACGUCGAAAGCCAAAAGCCAGACAGUUUUGAUGAAUUUAAAAAGGCUACAUACAACUACUAGCCCAUAUUGACAUUUUUAUUAUUAUUUAAGAACAUAUAUUUAAACCUCUUUUACUAAGUGUGAAAAAACAUAUUCCAAGGUUUCUGCUUUUUAUUUUUGAAAUUUAUAAAUGCGUCAUGAUUUCUUUCGACAUUUUUGACACUUCUAGAUUAAAUUCUGUUCCUUCUGUUAUGCCUUUAUUUAAACAAAAUUGACUUAGCUUACUCCCCAUAAUUAUUAAUACAAAACUGCGUUUUAGGAAACGGACAAGCUAGCACUUAUGAUUCAGCUUAUAAACAAUUUAUUAUGUGUACAUUUAAUAAACGUAAGCCCCAAACAAUGCAA